GGUUACCAUUUGGAACCUUGAACCAAACCACAGACAAAUCAUUUUAAGCUUCAUUUUUCGUAACUUUUCUGUAACUCGUUUUUUUUAAACAAAUUGCAACAUUUUUAUUUUGCAAUCCAUCUAUUUUUCCGUAAAAAAAUGGCUUUUUCUAUUAGCCUUGUCUUUUUGUCAAGCUGGACAGCUGUAGCUCUUACAUUCCCUCACAAUGCUUUUGACAACAUUAUUAAAGGGUCAAGAGUCGAAUUUGAAUCAUCUGGCAGCGGACCGAUUGAACCUGUCCGGGGAAUAGUGAGGGUUGUGCAGCUGGACCCUCGUACCCUGGCCCAGUCAGGGUUCCUGAGACCGGGGCUCACAUCCAGAAGAGUCCCUUCCCUCAACUCCAGGCUCUCCUUCCCUGCUUUCCUGUCUCACGGGCGUCCAGGGCUGGCCCCAGCUUCCAAGACCUCAAUGAGUCCGUUACACCUCCUGCAACCUAAAGGCCACACUCAGAUGGAUCUGAAGAAGAGACAAGGCCUGCAGAUGUGGCAGAGAGCCGUCCAUAAAGGAGACAAGAUAACUCUGCCUGUCAACCUGAAGGACACCAAACAGACAUGCACUGCAGUGCCUUUUACUCAGCGUGUGACGGCAGACGGAUGCGACACGGUGACGGUGCACAACAGGCUGUGUUUCGGCCAGUGCAGCUCGCUGUUCGUCCCAUCCGUUGGGGAGUUUUCCGGGCUGGGAACUGCGACAGGGGCCCUCCACCACCGGGCCCCCUGCUCCCGCUGCUCCCCGUCCAAAGUUCAUAAUGUGGCUGUGCCCCUGCGCUGUGGAGCCCAGGUCCGGCUGAAGCAGGUGAUGGUGGUGGAGGAGUGCAAGUGUGAGACGGGUCGAGAGGAAAAAAGUGCUGAAGCUUCAGCUCUCGCACAUCUGUAACUGCAAUGCUGCUGUUAAAAUCAGGGGAUAGAGGGGAAAGUAAAGAUUCUCAUUUGGAUUGACACCUUUUUCUCCAUCCAAUCACUGCUAAGACAUGGACACUAUUCUUUCUAAUAUAUGGGAUAAAUGUUGACAGUUGUAAUGAUUAUUUACAUAUGUGUAUGUGUUUGUUAAUGAGUCUGAAUGUGUUAUUCAGAUACAAAUAUUCUGGUGUUUAUUCCACCACUGAUAGAUGACAAAGUGACCUAUAUUUUGGUCAUGCAAUUUUCUGUUGCAACAGAUGGAGCUGUCCACACUGGACUUGUGUUACUGUUCAAACCGUGUUUAGAUUAAUCUAAACUGAAAUAUUGUGAUCUGUAUAAUAUUGUCAUUAAAAUGUCCUAUUUGUCCACAUU